UUGAAGAAUGUACGCCAAUGAUGUUGUACUCUUUCAUUCGGGUACUUCAAAACGACGCCCAAAACAACCCAGAGGAGCCAAUUACAGUUUGCGUUUCUCACGUUCAGUUUACCACCUUGGAGGGAUGACCCAACUUGUAUUUUCAACAGCGCGAUAGUUAACUUCUAUCGACGCGUGCGUGUAUCCUGCUGUCACUUUCUGUGUUAUCGAGGGCACCCAGGCUCAGAGGGGAAAGAUGAUGAGCAAGACUGUAACGAGGAAACUCCUGGGGUCCAUGUGUGGCUUUCAGACCCCUAGGUUGACCUAUGCUCAGAGUGCUGCAACCGCCCCUCUUCGAGAGAGAGAAAUGAUCAAAAGUAGAGAACUGGAAAAAGAGGAGCUACGUCCACUCUACAUGGACUUCCAGGCAACAACACCUAUGGACCCACGAGUGCUGGAUGCAAUGCUCCCUUACCAAGUGAAUUUCUAUGGCAACCCUCAUUCCAGAACCCAUGCCUAUGGCUGGGAGAGUGAGAGUGGCAUGGAAAAAGCUAGAAAGCAAAUUGCAGAUCUUAUUGCUGCUGAUCCUAGAGAGAUCAUUUUUACAAGUGGUGCCACUGAGUCCAACAAUAUGGCAAUCAAAGGAGUUGCCCGAUUUUACAAAGCCAAGAAGAAGCACGUCAUUACCACACAGACUGAGCAUAAAUGUGUACUAGACUCCUGCCGUGUGCUAGAGUCAGAGGGCUUUGAUGUCACCUACUUACCCGUGAAGACCAAUGGACUCAUCGACCUCCAGCAAUUAGAAGAAAGUAUUCGUCCAGAUACAAGCCUAGUGUCUAUUAUGACGAUCAACAAUGAGAUUGGAGUCAAGCAGCCCAUAAAGGAAAUAGGUCAGCUGUGCCGUUCCAAGAAUGUCUUCCUCCACACGGAUGCUGCUCAGGCCGUGGGCAAAAUCCCCAUUGACGUAUCGGACUUGAAGGUGGAUCUGAUGUCGAUCAGCGGCCAUAAAAUAUAUGGCCCUAAAGGUGUUGGGGCUCUAUAUGUGAGGAGGAGGCCGAGGGUGCGCAUCGAGCCUCUGCAGAAUGGUGGUGGGCAGGAGAGGGGACUUCGCUCAGGCACGGUCCCCACACCUCUGGCAGUGGGGCUGGGAGCAGCCUGUGAGAUUGCCCAGCAGGAGAUGGAGUAUGAUCACAAACGGGUGUCCAUGCUGGCCAAUCGCCUGAUUCAGAAAAUCAUGUCAGAAAUCCCAGAUGUCAUCAUGAACGGUGACGCAGAGCAUCGCUACUCAGGAUGCAUCAAUCUCUCCUUUGCCUAUGUGGAGGGGGAAAGUUUGUUGAUGGCACUAAAGGAUGUGGCCCUUUCGUCUGGAAGCGCCUGCACCUCUGCUUCCCUGGAGCCCUCUUACGUUCUCAGGGCAAUUGGAGCUGAUGAGGACCUGGCCCACUCCUCCAUCAGGUUUGGAAUUGGUCGCUUCACUACGGAGGAUGAAGUGGACUUCACAGCAGAAAAGUUAAUUCAACAGGUCAAACGGCUAAGGGACAUGAGCCCCUUAUGGGAGAUGGUGCAGGAGGGGAUUGACCUGAAGAGCAUCAAAUGGACGCAGCACUAAGCCAACUGCAUAGGAGAGGAAGCAGAGGAUAGAGCCUUGUGAAUACUUAUUUUGUAUAGUUACGGAAAGGAUGCCAUUCCCAGCAUGAAUGGGACACUCUCAAAGAAACACGCACAAAUACAUGACUUAUUUUUGGGGAAAUGAGUUUGUUUAUAUUGGCAGACCAUUGUCUGUCCUUUCCAUUUCAUUUAUAUAAAUUUGGUCAGAGCAUAUUAUGUUUGCCUUUUUUCUGAAAUGGUUUGAGUGUUUUUGGUCUUCUUUUGAGUAGCAUGGACUACAUUCCAAGGGUAAUUGGUUAAUUCCCUUAAAUUUUUCUUAUUUACAUACAAACAGUUUUAAUUUUUUCACAGCUCAUCUGGAAAUUGGAUAUUCACACAUGGGCACUCACUGUUGAACUUAACUUGGCAAACAUCCAGGAAUAACACUUUACAUAACUAUAAUGAUAUUGGGACCCCCCCCCCCCCCCCCCAAAUGGGGAGUUAAUUCCCAGUUCUUACACUGCCAAUAUCUCAUCUCAUCUUCCCUGUUUAGUGUAUUUAACAAGCAAAUCAAUAUAUUAGAAUUGUCAAGCAUUUAUGUCUUAUAUCUCAGUACUUAUUUUCAUAUUUUAACAGGUUAGUUUGACAACAUUCAAACACACAAGACAGACAUUUAUUUUUCAGUAUCAAGUAGUACAUAAUAUACAUAAAUUCCAUACAUGCAUAGUUUAUAUUUUAUCAUUAUUGUUUUAACAAGUCAUUGAAACCAAAAGCUUGGAUACAAACUUGUCAGUGUCAACAGAAAGCCCUUGUGAUACCAUGCUGUGCUUAACAUCUGAGUGUGCAUUUGCACUUGUAAGCAUGUAGCCUACCCUGUAAACAUGUCACUCAAUUCUCCAUUAAAGCUACAGUAUGUAAAAAAA